CAACUCUGGUUGCCUCUCGGCCGCGCCAAUUGGGCUACUCCAUCCACCUUUGCCAUGGUCCGUGCAGCAUUCCUCCCCCCGCAGCUCCUGCCAGCAUUGAGAAUUUGGAAGCUAGUCCUUUGCCAGAUGAUUUUGCCCAAUAGCGACUGCACCAAGCUGGCGAUUGCAAGUUAAGGUGAAGCCAUCUAAUCUAGAAGAACGGCCUUACUGACCCAGCAGGCAGUAUGAUAUUCGAAAGCUCCGACUGGAGCAAUGUGACAGCAAUGUGGCAAAAGUCGAAAAGCACACAGUGAUCUUCGACUCCGACACGGACAGCUAGCUGAUUCAAAAUGGAGUGCAUUUGCCCUUGUCUUACGAUGCAAUGGUGUUGCUGGGACGACAAUUCCUGGUCAGUACAAUGGACCUUGCUUCUGCUCAGUCGUACAGUGCUGCCGGGAGCCGGGAGCCUGAAUAUCUUGCAAUGCGUCGUCCACGAUCACUGGUCAAAGAUUCCUAUUGACCUGGUUAAAGACCAAGCCUGCACUCUUGCAACGUAUGCUGGCCUGAAUCCAGAAGUGGAAGGAAAGACGUACAUGCUCAAUGGUGACGACGUUGGCUACGAAUGGGAGGAGAAGAUGAAGUUGAGGGACGUGGUGGAGCCUAAUGGCACUCCACUAACUGCGAGCAUACAGCCGGUGAUCUAUCUCUGGGACUUUGAGACUCAGCAACGCGCACAUUUUCCGCGGGCACGCAACGGCAUCUAAAAUGAAGAGUUCUCACUUGUGACCCCUGCGCGGGACUUUGGAAGAGAUGGCACAAGAAUCGCAACGAUGGCAGUGAUGAAAAUCCAGAUGCCUGCCCUCUCGGAAGGACAGCUGAUGCACGAUCUGAGAAGGAUUGCGUGUGUUGCUGGCAAAGCCUGUGACUCACUUCUUGCAGCAACUGCUGCUGAGAAGCAAAGCACCAUCGUCAUUUUUGAGGUCCCCAACAUCAAUUCGCCCAAUCUUAGCUUUGUAAGACACUUAUCCCCUGCAGCUGAGACCAGGAAUCCGGGCACAGCCACAGCCUAUGCGGAUCACAUAGUUGAAAUUGAUCCUAAAGCCAUCUUCUUGGAUACGGCGGAUUUCCCGUCCUCGGGGUGAUGUUUGGAGACGCUUGGUCUGGAACAAUGUCCUUCUGGGAAUCUGAGUGCCCAAUACAACCGGGAGUAUCGCUGCAACGUCUGCGUUGACCAUUUGUGUUUGGAAAGAUCUAGGCUCGUCCAAGAAAGCUGACAAGCUCUCAGUCACAUGGGUGACACAUUUGAGCAUGACCCAUGAUGGCUACCUCGGGCUUGACACUUUUCAACACACACACACACUCUAAGAGUCUAAGAUGCUGUGGAAAGCAUCUCCAUGAUCCUAGUUUCUGGACGGUCUGUGGAGCGAUCCUGUAGGUUGCA